ACGAUUAGCUGAACAUGGGACCAACAUGGCCGCUGCAACAACAGUCGUAGAGGGGAAAAUAAAGUUUCGCGAAGGAAAAAAAGUAUGACUUGGAUUAAAGUAUUUCUUUUGUGUUAUUUUUCCAAAUUUUGAAAUAAUAUAUGAAUAAUGCCGUAUUUUAUUUUAAAUAUUGCAGUGGAAACCUCGAUGGUGUGUACUAAAGAAACCAUCCCCAGUUGCAGGUGAGUCAAAUAAAAAGUUGGACUUAAUGUUGUUGUUUCCUUGAUUUGUUUUGUUUUUAAAUAAUGAAUAACUGCGGUUUGAAUUAACUGUUCUCGAUAAGAUAAAAUGACAAAUUUUCUUUCUAUUAUAACAUAAUAAUGGCAUGCAGAUAUUCAAUCAAUUCAAUGUAUUUGCAUUCAGAAUAAAUUGUAAUUGAUUAUGAUUAUAAUAGCACAGGCCAGAUAACUAGACCUAGAUGUAGUGUAGUAAGUAAAAGUAAAAGCAGUAAAUGGCUAGUAAAUGUAGUAUGUAGACAAUGUUCAAUAUAGUAGUAGUAGUAGUAGUAGUAGUAGUAGUAGUAAUGUUGCUUAAACUUAAAACUUAAACUUAAAACAUAUAAUAUAAUGAAUAUGUGAAUAAAUAAAAACUGAAACAAACAAUUUAAUAUUUAACUUAUUAUAAUUAGCAACAUAGUAUUUAGUAUAUAUUUAUCAUGAUUGACUUACACUUACAAUGAAUCAAUGAAUUAUGAUUUCAAGUUUCAUCCAUGAGUAUAGUAUGAGUAUGAGUCUUCUCAUUUAACUUAUACAUUAUUAAAUAAAUAUAGUGAAAUUAAUUCAUUCAGUGAAUAAUUAUGAUGAUUUAUAUUUAUAAAUCCAAAGUCAUUAAAGAUAAUGAUUAAUUUAAUUGAAUGAAUAAAUAACAUAUUAGUCCUUGGUUGUGGUCAUGAGUAAUAAUGUCAAUCCCCUGGCCCUGACUGACUGAGAAACUGACUCAUUUACUCCACUCACUGAGUGAGUCAGCCACCAAGUAAGUUUAAGUGCUGACUUAGUCAUUGACUAAGUCUAAGAAAUUUAGGCCAUCACUUAUAGUAUAGUGGCCUAGUUUGAUUUCCCAAGCCUUAUUUUCUUAUAUUUGUGUUAACUUCUAUUAAAUCUAUGUUUUUCCCCCAAGAAUUAGCCUAGGCCUAGUAAUCAUUUAAAAGUAAAAUAUGUUUUAAGUAAGGCAGUAAUUCUCUAAAAUUUUGCUUGCCAUUUGACCCCGUAAUCCCAUCCUUAUUUUUCUCCUGUGUCUGUGAUACUAAGUUUUAAGCUUCCCCAACAUAGUAAUUUGUAUCAUUCUCUGAAAGUUAAUAAAUAAAACAAUAAUUAAUUCAAUAAAAUUUAUAAUAAACUUAUUAUUAACGUGAGUUAGGAAUUCCAUGGCAUUUUUUAAGUGGGAUGAUAAUAAAGGUUAUGUUUUUUUUAAGUUUUCACUAUUCAUUUAUUUUUGAUGAGCUUGAUGAAAUUAUAUAGUUUUCAUUGUUUCUAUAGAAUAGUAGUUACUAUCCUAGUGUCUCAUUUGUAUUUAAUUAGUUUACAUGUUUUAAUAAUUGUAAAGCGCUUAGAGCUUUAUGAUAAGCGCUAUAUAAAAAUGCCUAAAUAAAUAAAUAAAUAUAGUUUCAAAAAUUUGGUUUUAUGUCAUUUUUUAAUCUGUUUAAUUACCAAAUUCAGAAAUAUUUGUUAAUAUAUAGUUUUUCUCUGAGUCAAGUUGGAUGAAUCCUUAUAACUAAAUUCUUCCAAAUACAAGGAGAUUCUUAAAUACCAUCCACAACACAGGGAUAGCAAUACAAAUUUAGAUCUGUAACCAAACCUCUUCAUACAAUUUCCUAAUGCACACAUCAUUGUUAGCUGAGUUUGAUCCUCCUUCACUACACCAACCACCUCAACAUCUAAAAAUGCAUUCAUCACACAACCUGGAAUUUAAGAAGCUGAUAUUCAAAUUGCUAUGUGAUAACUUUAUGUUGCAUAUCCAGAUUUUAUUGAAAGUAGAAAACAUUUCUGCUUAUAUAGCAAUAUUGAGGGUGAUGCUUUUUUAAAAUUUAUUGUUAUGGGAAGCAUCUGUAUAUUAAAAAAAAAAGUCAAAAUAUGUAGUUAAAACCAUCAGCAAAUUUCAGUAUGAUGUAACAAAUAUUGAAAAUAUUCAAGAUAUUUACUAUAGUACUUCUGGAUAAUCAAUCAUUGAUAGCAGGGAUUGUUUUUUUAAUUGAGUCUUCUUUUUCCUUGACUUUAAUGAUGAAGACAUCAAUUGUAGCAUCAUCCUUAAAAAUAAAUUAUUGUAAUUUAAAAAUGUUAUAUUAAAAUUGAUAUGUUCCAUCUUUUACCUGCAAUUCACUUGUAUGUAAUUUCUCACAAAAUUUUAACAACAGUAAAUUAACUAUCUAAGUUUAGUAACAUAUGAUUUUAUUAUUUUCAAAUUGAAUUCAGUGUGGAAUUACAAAAAAGCAAUGAUAAAUAAAUUAAAGGAGAAAAAAAAAUAUGUUUAAAAAAUGUAAUUUAGAAUUUUCAAACUAGAUUUCCCACAUCAAUUUUAAGUACAAGCAAGCAUGCUUUUUUUCAAGAUUUUAUCAAGGAUAUUUUUACAAGCCAUUAUUCCUCUGUUAAUUUGUUUUUAUAAAAGCUAUAUAUAUUUAUUUUUAAAAGCUAGGAAAUUUGAUUCUUUGUAGAAUGCUUGCAUUCUGGAAAUAGUUUUCAGGCAAUGAAAUUAGAAAUAAUUCUACAUGUACUGAAAUGUUUUACAUUUAACGUAUCCCUUUUUUCCAUAGAUCAACUCCAAGUAGUUUUGUUCAAAGAUGUAAAUGAAGUAGUAAAAGAUGAUCCAAAACCAAAAUCUGUUUUUGCUUUGGAUUCUUUUUUUGGCCUGGAUUCUGGUUUUCCAUUUGACAGAGAGACAAAUGUGUUGGCUAUUAUAUGCCAAAAACAAGUCCAUCUAAUGGCAUUUGACCUUAGUGAAAAAAUGAUUGAAUUUGAAAUUAGAAUACGACAAAGCUUAGGAGAAGGUGAGUUUCAUUUUAAAUAUAUUUGUUACAAAUUUUGAGUUAAUAAGUGGAGGUAUUUAAACAAAUUAAAUGUGAUUAUUUUUAGUGUAAAGUAUUGUUUUGAAUGCUUUUUAGUUUUUGUAAUACUGGUAUACAAAUAUAGGAUUUUGAAUAUUUGAUUUAAUUAUUUAUGAGAAAUUAAUAUCAAGCUGCGUCUUCAAAAGUUAACAAAACUUGCUCAUAGUUCCAAUGUCAAUGGCUCAUAUUUAUUCAGAUAGUGAUAAAUUAAAAUAAUCUGUAACUUGAAAAAAGAACACUAUUUACUACUUCAUCAGAAAACCAGUUUCCUGUUACUGUUGUUAAGGCACCUUCAAAUAGUAGAUUACCAAAAGAACAAGUUAGAAUGAUGAUUCAUGACUUGAGGUUCUGUCUUAUUGCUCAAGCACCACCAAAAAUACUCCUCUCUUGGAAUAUAGAAGAUUUGCGACGGUUUGGUGCCACUGAUGGAAAAUUUUGCUUUGAAGGUGGCACUCGAUGUGGGAAAGGUAUGUGUUUUCUUUUUUUCCUUUCUUGUCUUCGGGCUUUUAAUUAUUAUUUUUUAUUAUCUCUUAGUCUUAGAAAAUAUGUAGAGUUGUAAUACUUUGUUAAAAGUAUCAAAUUUUUAUUUUAUUUUAAACAUCAAAUGUUCCAAAAAUUUCCUGGUUAAACAUUUUUGUGUGCAUUCUAUCUUAGGUAUAACUACUAUUAGUUCAUGUAUUUGUACAUGUACCUAAUGAUUACAAGCAGCUUUUAAUAUAAACCAAUUAAUUCUCAUUAUGUGUAAUAUUUCUUUAGGAACUGGGGUUUUUGCAUUGCAUUCUGAGCAGGCAGAAGACAUUGCGGAUAUUGUCAAAUUAGCAUCAACUGGCAAAAUGUCCAACUGCCACAGGAAGUUUAAGAACCGAAGUAAGUUGAUUCAUCUUUUAUUUUAUUAUCUCGCUGCCUAAAUUUAUUGAAAAUCUCUUAAUUUAAUUUUUAAGUAAAAUAUUAGAGCAAAAAAUGUGCUGUCUUCACUCUCUUAACUCCAAAAAAAAGUAAAGAGGAUAAUUAAAUUGCUAAAAAAGUAUUCCUUUUUGCUAAAUGUUUAUCCUUAGUUUGUGUUACUUAAUGGAAAAUCCUUUUUCUUUAUAAUUUUUUUUUAAAAUCAAUAUUUCAAGUCAAUUAAAACCAGUUUUAAGGUGUAAAACAUUUUUUUUAAAAAUUACUUGAAACCUAGAUAUUUGCUUUUCUUUAAUGGCCUUUCUAUAAUGUUAGAUUAUGCACACAAAAAAAAUAAUUUUUUAAUUAAAUUUUUUUCUCUUUACGUAUUACGACUAUAAAAUGUGUAUAAAACUAUUAUGAUGUUUAUAUUUUGACUCGAUAAAUGAAAACUCAUUAGAACUUAUAUUUAUCAAUUAUACGUAUAGUAACUAAUUUAAAAAAUUUUGGUAUUAAAGUGAUUAGAUAUAAAUGGAUAGAAAGCUUUUAUUUCAUACUAUUUUUGUUUCUGCUGGCCCAAAAAAACAUUCAUCAAUUCUUUAAAUAUCAAGCAUUUCUUUGCACAUACAUUUUAUUGAAUGGUUUCCAAACAUUAUUUAAAGACAUUAUUGAUAGUUAAGAUAUUCUAUCAAUGAAGAAAAUAACUUUAUUCACACCUUUAAUACUAACAAAUCUUGGGUAGUAAUUUUAUAUUAAUUGUUGACUCCUGGAUAAUUUAUUUUUGGACACUUCGCACAGUUGUACCCAAAAAUCUGGACUCUUUUUCAUUUUUUUUAAAACGCUUUUAUGAAGUUCUUGAGGUGUUUGUAAAAAUAGAAUGGGAUAUUUAUAAACUUAACAUAAGGCAAAAUCAAAAUUAAAUAUAACUUUAAUAAAUUUGGUGUUUUUAAAUAAAAAUAUUUAAAUAAUGUAAUAUAUACACAAUUUCCAAGAUAACCUUUUAAUCAGGCUGGUAAUUUUUUGUCAUUACCCAAUAAUCUGACAACAGGGUUUUUGCCAAGACAUUAACAAGCUAAUUUUCUGACCCUAAAAAAUAUGACGUCUGUCUGCAGGAAUCUAAGCUAAAGAGGGAAUGAAUUUUUAUGAAAAUAGAAAAAUAAAAAGAGAUUUCCUUAAUCACCAUUACUGCAGUGUGUGUGUGAUGAGUGUGUUCCGGGCAUGCUGGUGGUGCAUGGGAUGUGUACAAGGUGUUAGCAUGUGAUUGAGUGUGUGAAUAUGAGCGAGUGGGUGUCAAAAUUAACAUUAUUCAAGCUGAUGGUGUACUUAUCUCUUUAAAUUCAUAUUAAACAGUCUAUUGAUAAAAAUGUUUGGAAUGUGUUUUAUUAUUAUUAAUUUAAAGUACAGUGCCCCAUAUAAAUGUUUUUUCAUACAUCUAUUCAUAUAUUAGCCUCAUUUUAUAGAAAAUGAAAUAUAGUAACACUAUUGAUAAUCAUUAACCCGCAAAGAACAGUGUAGACUAUAUAUUCAUAUCCAAAUUCAUAGUAUUGGCUAAUGUCUUUUCCAUUAGCAAUUACAUCUCAUUGACCAUUUAGGGUGCAUACAUUUAAAGUGAAUGAUAAAUUUGAAUCUCGCUCUGUGUAGACAUAAAUGUAUCAUAGUAUUUUUGGGAUUGAGUUACUGUCCACGUAAUAUUAACUUGGUGUUAAAAGAAAAAAUAGUGCUUAGUUUUUACUUUUAAUAUAAACAUAAUUAAAUAUGGUCACAUUUUGGGCCAUUGAUUUAAUAAUAAACUUAAUAUAAAUCUUUCAAAAUAUAACCUUCAAAUGGAAAAUAUAGAAUUGAUGGCUUCCAACACUUAAUAAUGAUAUAAUAAUCACCCUUAGUGUUUUUGUGUGUGUUUCCACAUUGCAGGCUCACAGAUUGACUUCAGUAAUCACCUCAUAACCAACAUGUCACCCUCUCCUUCAUCCUUAUCUAUUCAUCAUCCUCAUCAAAACAUUGUUGUGAGGACCCCCCCUGCAGGGGUACUGCCUGUCACCCUUAACUGCUGCCAUGAUAACCAGACUGGCAGUUCUGAGUCUGAAGAUUGGAGUUGGUACAAGAGGCACUCGGUUAGUGUCAUGGAUCACCACCGCAUCGCUGUGCUGAGGGACAAGGGCUACCUGGACAACAGAGAUCAGUUCAUUGGCAUCUACGAUGUGCCCCCCAACCAUGGAAGAAUGUUGGAGCACUAUUUCCAGGAUUCUUCGGAAGAACCAAAUUAUGCAGUUCCAAGGAAUGACCCAGAUCAAGGAACAUGGAGCAGCUGUAAAAACUCAAAUAACGAAAAUGGUAAUUAUAAGAAAAUUGUCCCGAGGAAAAAAGAAAAUGAGUAUGGCAAUAAAGAGGAGCACAGGCAGAUCCUGUUUCAGAAACGCCAGAGUGCAAGUGCUGAGUUCUUUGAUCUUAAAGUAAGCAGUGUGGAGGAAAUGGUAGCUAAGAGCUGGCAGCACAAUGAUUCAAGCGCCCAUGAUUCACAUGAGGAAUCACUUCAACGUUUGAAAAUGCAGGAGUCAGAUUUGCAGAGAGAAAUGGUUUUGUUGGAUGAGAUUUUACAGAAUUGUGCAGCGAAAAGUCAGGAGUUUAAUUCUGGGGAACAGAGGAAAGAACCAGAAAAUACAGUAACCCUCAAGAGUGGGUCAGAAACUAAAAAUAUAAAUCGAUCAUUUCUGACAGGGAUGGACCAGAAUCUGACCAUCAUAUCGGGCAAUAUUUCCCCUUUAAAACUGAGGCUUGAUCAGGCCAGCACUCCCAAAAAAAUGGAUAGGGCAACAGCACUGCGACUCAAUACAAGUAUGCCAGAGGGCACACCCAUAAGUCCUAUAUUUCAAGCCAAGUUAAAUAACUUACCCCCUAAUUCACGUCUCAAUGCACCACUGCCAUAUGUUAACUUGAGUAAAUAUGAUGAUGAAUCCAACAGCCAUGUACAUCUCCCGGGUAGUGCAGAUUGUAUUCCCGUAGCCUGUGGUCAGAGUUUGCUUGGUUUAAAUGAGAAAAAUGUAAGACUUCGGGUUCAUAGCAGUUUGACCAGCCUUAACUGUCCAGCCCCGGCAUCCAGUUUGAUCAAUCUCAACCAUUCAUUUGCUGACCAUCAGUACUCUUCAGGACAAAGGAUGGCAGAGAGGGCAUUACCUAGGCUGCCACAAGAUUCUGGAUCAGUGCUUUGUAUGCAAGGGAACUCUCAACAGAAUGAACACCAAGAGAUCCUUAUUGUUAAUAUGGAUGAAUCCCAAUCUUCUGAGCCUAUUAUAUAUGCCUCUUUGCAGUGCAUGGUGCCAGAUGGACCUAGCAAGUCCAGUUCAGAUCUUAUUAGUAUUUUAACUUCUGACUCUGCAAGACCAUUCAGGGAAGAGAAAAGGAUCAAUCAAGAAGACCUGUAUGAGAAUUUACCAGUUAGAAGAGAUGAUAUUGCACCUCCAGAACUGCCUCCCAAGGGUCCUGCUCUGCUUAAAAAACUGAAAGCGGCUGCCUCCAAAAACUCCACUACAGCUUUCAAGCAUUCAACAUCUAAUCACCAGGACCUGUCUCAGUCUCCGCCCUUUGUGUGUCCAAGACAUCACUCUGAAAAAAACACUCAAGAUUUGUCUGUCAAGAACCACUUUGGUUACAAUAAUCACCCCAGACAAAAUUGCAGUGAUUUGGAAAAAGAAAGGAAGCCGGACACAAAAGAGGACAACUACUGCAUGAUGGGCAGUCCAAAAGUGCAGCACAAACUGUCUACUGUUACUCAAUCCCCAUUCAAGUCCUACACCAACAGGAGCACAACUACACAUGGCCCAAAAGCUCAACAUGUCACCUCAUUGAAUCUACCGACUAGAAAUGACUACAUGGACAUGGGCAUCAUUGGGUCAGAGGGAGGGGAAGAUGAUAUCUAUUUAGAUGUAGAUGCUGCUCAGAACCACCUAAACAGAGACUUGUAUAUUUCUGAAGCUGACUUAAAGCUGCCGCCCUCCAGUAAUGAUCCUAAGGUAUUGGGCGAGAGUACCUAUAUGGAAAUGGCCAGUGUCUCCAACAGGAAGAGUGUUGUUGUGCAAAAUUUAGAGACACUGCAAACCUACGUAUGCAAAACACCUGGGUGGGAUGUUACCAAGGCAUCACCCCGACCAAGAGAUGCUCCCCCACCUCCACCCCCUCAUCCUCCCCACCCCACAUCACUUAAGAUAAGACACAAUUCUGAUAGCGGGGUUUUACCCACCAAAGCAAAUGAGUCCACAAGUGAAAAUGGAAUGGAGCAAAACAAACCUAAGCCUUUGAAGAGCCCGACUAAAGUUUACACUAAAGCUAAGAAGACAAAGGAUCCCAACCAAGGGGCAUCAACGCCGUUCCCAAACUUGAUAGAAUUUACCAAGAAAAUGUCAGAGAGCAGGUCAACUUAUGUCAACACAUUGAUAGAAUCUGAAAAAGCCUUGGUGGCACAAGAAGCCUAUCUCACCAGUAGAGAAGUCCCUCUACCAGAGCCUUCCAAGGAAGGAUUCUUGGCAAGAUUCAAAAGGCGGAGUUCCAAAGACAAAAAUGCUCCACUGCCUCAAGACAAAUCGAGUAAAAACAGGAACAGUGUUCUAGAACGAAGCAUGUCAGAACAUGAAAGCUCAAAAGCAGCCAAAGAUGAAAAAACAUCCAAAUUAAAACUGGGCAGGAGGAGGUCAUCAAGUUUUCCUAAUAGACUGAGCUAUCAAGAAUCACUAGAUGGAAAUGGGGUGCCCGUCACCAGCCAAGCAGGAUCUUCAUCCAGCAGUUUUUCCUCAGGUUCAUCCAGGCCCAAGCAAACCAUGAAGCACACUGAUCAGAGUGAAAGCUCCUCUUCUAUUCAAGAUUUCUCAGAUGAUUCUGACAUGUCUCCCUUGUUGAAGAGAGGGGAGAAGAGGUUUGACAGCAGAACCAUCACAGUGCUGCAUGUCCAUCACGAUAAUCCCAACCCUGUGAACCCAUACAUGCAGAUCUGCAAGACACCAUCUAAGGCAGCAGAUUCAUCCAAAACGGAUGAUGAGAAAUUGAUUGAAAUGAUUCAACUAAAGCACAGUCAGAAGAAACCUGUAGUUUACCAAAGAUCAUCGUCUCUCGAUCUAAAAAAAAACAACAAAGACUGUGAACAAGGUUUGUAUUUGAAAUUUCCCAAAACAUCUCACCGCACAGAGAGACGGUUCAGUUUUGAAAAGCUUGUCUGCUCCAAUUCUGCCGAGUCUACCAGUUCCAAAUGCCAAGUGUCACCUUAUAAUGAAGGGACUAACUCAUCUAGACACAGCUCACUACCAUCUUCCUCAUUCUCACUGGACAACCGGGAAGAACAUUCUCCUCCUUCCUUACCACCUAAAACUAAAUCCUACCAGGGUCCAUUGUCUCCAGUCAUAGAAACAGCCCCUCCACUACCAUCAUUCAGUGAGCCUUUGUACGUAGAUCUGGAUGAAAUAGAAGCCGUUCCUAGCUCUGAAAGAACUUCCAACCAGGGGAUAGAAAAUGCUGAUGGUGCUAAGAGUGACCAGGAGAUAGAUGGCGAACUAAUUUUGUUUCCAAAGAAGGCAGGUGCAGGGAAGAAGGUAUAUUUCUGGUUUUCUUUUAAGCAUCAUGACACAAUGAGGAUGACCUGUAUUUAAAAUAACUGAAUGGUUAAAUAUCUCCUGCCUCAACAAGAUUAAUGAAGUAAAUGCAUGUUUGGUUUUUUGCUUCUAAAUCCAUAGUCUAUCAUGCCAUUUCUACCAAAUUAAUCUACACGGUUUAUUUAGAAUGUUUCAUGUUGUUACCAUUUCUACCUUAUCAUUCUCACAUCUCAUUUGCAUUAAUGUGACAUUGUUAUUAACUAUUCAACUUUUUGUUUGGUUUUGUUUUUGUUUUCUUCAUUUCAAAAUUUACUAACAACUGCACUUUUAAGUAUAAAGUGUCAUGUACAUAAUUUCAUAUUUAGUUGCAUUUUUUUCUACUAUGUUGCAAUAAGCUUAGAUGCAUGUUUAUUAAUAUAUUUUUGUAUGUAUAUGUUUAUAUUUAUAUAUAUAUAUAUAUAUAUAUAUAUAUAUAUAUAUAUAUAUAUAUAUAUAUAUAUAUAUAUUAUAUCUGUGUAUAUAUAUAUUUUAAAUAUAUAUUUAUAGUCUUUUUUUAUAUAUAUAUUUGUAUAUAUAUAUAUAUAUAUAUAUAUAUAUAUAUAUAUAUAUAUAUAUAUAUAUAUAUAUAUAUAUAUAUAUAUAUAUUAUAACUGAGUACCUAGAUAUUUUCAAGAUGAAUUUGCAGACUUAUUUUGUUUAGUUGGGAUGGGAGUCUUGAAGCAUAAAAUAAUUUCUUAGCUCCUCAUAGUGUCUACAUCCUUUACAUGUUAAAAAUAUUAUUAUUUUUCCUACAAGUGCUUGAUAUUUUGCUUGCAAGACGUAACCAAAAUUAUUACAUUAAUAUAUGUUAAUACAUUGUCUCACACACAAUAUAAUUCAAUAUAUUUUUUUAAACUUUUAUUUCUAAGCUAUGAAUCCUUAAAAAAAUGUAUAAGCAUUUGACCAUUUAUAUUGGCUGAAGAAAGGAUUUGAAUUAAUUACAUAUGGUUUUUUUAGGAAAUAUGGGUGUGUUAAUACCAUAUUAUUUUAUGCAGCUGUUACUUGUUAUUAUGCUUAAUGUUUUCUAUGCCAUUUAUUUUUUUCAUUUUCAAAAGGCAACUUAUAACUUUAUUUUUUUUCAUUUUUGCCCUUUUAUUUUUAUGAAAUUCUCCUAUAAAAUGAUGUGUGGGGUAACAGAAUCAUUUUGUCAUGGGCUAUUUUUAUUGCAUUUUAUUUAAAAUCUAGCAGUUGUAAUAUCACAUUUUAUUUUUAAAGAAGUGUGGAUGAAAUGACUAGCCUAAUUAUUAUUUAUCUCAAUUAUAUUUUAAUCCACUUAAUUACACACAAUCAUUUCUCUGUUAUGUAAAGCAGAGCAGUUUACCAGUGCAGCAGGGAAAUAUGAUAGGUUUGAGCUUGACCACACCCAGAUAGGCUCAUGAGAUUAUUGGUAGAACUAAAACAAGAAGGGAUUUCUUGCUGUGUUUGCAAUGUUUAUCUUGUUAAGAGGAUAAAAAAAAAAAACAUUGACAGAUGUUGCUCUGAAGGCUUAUAACAUAAUUAUCUCUGUGUUUUUCCUAAGCAUGUGUUAAACAUUUGUAAGAACCAUGAAUGCUUUAAAAAGCUCUUUUGUUAAAAGAAAAAAAAUCUUGUAUAAGCGUAUGAGAAUGCAAAAUUCUACUUGUGUAUGAUUUUCAGUUACCUAAGUAGUAAAUUUGUUGCUCUAAACAAAAAGUAUGGUGUAUAUUUCUUAGAUAUACAUGUUUAAAUUUUGCAUGAUGUUUAAAAACACUACCAAAUUACAUAGUCUAAUGACUUUAUUUUUCAGUUGGCAUGCUUUUUAAAAUAUUAUUUUAUGAGUUGUUUUUCUUUCUUUUGGGUACCUGUUUGCAUUGUGCUUUGUGUGAAUUUAGGAACUGCUUAUUCCAUAAAUUAUUUUUUUUACUCAGCAUUUACUUGCUACCAAGAGAUCAUCUGGAAAUAGCCUUUAAUUUUUUUAUUGAAUUAUUUCAAGAGCUGUGACGCUUUGAACUGUAUACUCUUAUAUCAAAACGUUAUUAUUUAUUGAUGGGUAUUUCUCUAGCGAGCAUAGAUUUUAAUUAUAUAUUUCUUAAUAAAUAAUGCAUGCUUUUUAUUUAUUUUUUUUUUUUUUCGGGGGUCUUUUUUUUAAAAAAUGCCAUGCAUAUAUAAAAAUAAACUUUUAAUAACUUGACCACAUCACAACUGUUAUCCUAAGAACAAAUUUUUUAAAGUUAUGCUUUUUGUAGCUUAAUCAAAAAUAUUAUCUCAUUUCUCAUCCCUCGUUUCAGGGAGAUUAUCAUCAGAUGUAGAAAAUGAAAAUGAGAAUAUGGACCAGCUCAACUACACAACUGUUACAUUACCCAUAGAAGUUACACCAAAUCAGGGGAAUAUAGCUAAUACAGAAAGGUACACAACUCGCCCUUUAUCUUGGUCACAAGGGUUGGCAACUUCUCAACACCUGUCAGAAAGCAGCGGUCAAUGUUCUAGUCCAGCUAAAACAGUGCUACGGCCUCGUUCGGGGCAAGAAUAUGUUCUCAUACAACGGAUACUCAGACUUCCACACACAGGCCAGGAAAUGCCCUCACCCCCCAGUAAAGUGUUUAAUUUUGAUCCUCACUUUGAAACCCUAUCUCAUUUCUCAUCCUUGCAGUCCUCGCCCCAGCACUCUCCGAACUUCUCCAGCAUGGCAGACACCACCAGAUCCUGUAACAGUUUUCAUUGUGAUGCUUGGGACAGAGACCAUAGUAGCCGAAACUCUCUGCAAAGGCACCCCCAUCCCCUAAAACAUAUAACAACUGCUGUGUCGUCCCCGUGUUCCUCUCCUCACACUGUGAUGCCCCAGCUACAGCCUUACCUCACAGAUGAACAACUAUCAUCACAUUCUAACACUAUAGAGGACAGCAUAUUCUUUCCUAGGGAUCGUUCGGACACCUCAUCCCAACCACCAUCACCAUAUCAUCAACCAUCUCCAAGCAUUCAUUUGCAUUAUCCUAUCUAUGUUAACCAAGAGUAUAUUCCCAAACAGCACAGUACGUCUCCAAGCAUUAGGUCAUCCAGCACAAGUAGUAGUCACUCUAGCACCUCACCCAUUAAGGCUGGUGUGCAUUCUUUGAUGACCCUAUUUUUUUCCCCAAAACAUACCUCUUCCAGUGACUCUCAUGCUAGUCGCCCAACCAAUAGAGUUAGUUGUAACACCAGACAUUCAGAAUCUGAUGCCACGAAACUUGAGAAGAAUUCGUUUAGUCUUCCACCAAGGAGGAGCUCCCAGGUGUUGUCCCUGCCUGUAAAUGUUCAAAGAUCUCACUCUGAUCCUAAGAGGCUUGAGAAAGGAGAGAAGCCAGUGUUAAGUCUACCGCCUAAACAACCCAUCACUGGGCAUGUGCCCAAAGAACCCAUUGUGGGCCACUCUAGUAAAGUGCACAAACAGGAAUAUGAUAAGUUUGCUAAUUCAAGUAUAAUCUCUAGGAGAAGGCUUCAGUGCACCGAGGUUAAAGUUGAAGGACAAAGUUUGGAUUCAGUUGUGAAUUCUUGUCGGUUACCUGAAACUGAACCCAGUGAUUCAGUAGGGCACAGGCUGCAAAUUCCUCAACUGAAAUCAAGUGGAUACAAAAAUAUUGACACAUUUAAUGCUGCGGCAGCUGUGGCUUCCUCUUCAGCUCAUGCUACCACAGUGUCUUAUACUCCACUUACAGGUCACCUUUCCCUCUUACCUAAUAUUUCAGAAUUGAUAAUUCCAUCAAAUGAAGUACAUUCAACUGAUGAGAAUCUACAUUCCCCUGGAACAAAAUCUUCAUUAAAUUCUCUCAGCUAUGGCAGCAAUAGUUAUCCACCUCCACCUCUUAUACCCAGAAGACAUACCUCAUCGUCCUCACCUCUGUCUUCCAGAAGUUCUUCCAGUUCAGAUAUUUCGGACUCUCCCCCAUCUUACUAUGCUCCCUCUCCACCUGCCAUGCUGCCCGCUCUUCCACCACGAGAGCCUCUUAUGCCACCAAUACCACUGCCCUCCCCAGCAGUUACCUCUUCUCCAUCAGAAACUGAUGAGGUCUUACCCUUAUCCGAUGAGGAACAAGAGCUGAACUAUAUUGAGGUGGAUAUGACCAAAACUCGGUCUGCAGCGACUCCCUCGCGGCCCCCAGCUUACGUCCGGAGGAGCAAGCGUGUGCAGCAGAAGAAAGAGAAAGACUAUGCCAAGUUGCGUUAUGUUCUCAUCGAUCACAGUGCCACAAAGGCUUUAAUGGAGGCUAGGCAGGAGCACGUUCAAGCAAGAGACGGA